CCGGUGGUCCUGGUUGUUGCGGAGGGAUGUCCGCCAUGGCGAGGCGACACAAGCGGCUCCUGAUGACCUGCGGAGGCGCGCUCGGCCUCUGCUGCGCCCUGGCGGCCGCCGUGGCCACCGGCUUGCCGCUCUGGAUCGACGGGACCGUGCUGUGCAGGACCGGGGCCGAGCUGGUCAACGCCACCGGAGCCGAGCUGGACAAGUUCGUGGGCCGCCUCGCGUACGGACUCUUCCACGGGGAGAGAGUAAAGACGUGCGGCCUGGGAGGAAGAACUUCCCGCUUCUCAGUCUUUUCAGAGCUGUUGGAUGCCGUCCCGGCAGGUCUUCACGUGACCAUUGUCUUUUUCUGCGCAGCGCUGAUCGUCUUCUCAUCCGUGGCGAGCGGCUUCUUUUUCUUCAACGCCUUUGGCCGACCAUACGAGACGCUGCACGGCCCUCUGGGGCUUUACUUGUGGACGUCCAUCUGUUGUCUGUGCAGCUUCCUGGUUCUGAUCCUGUUUGUGUCCGAGGUGAAAGUCCAUCGUCUGUCCGAGCGCAUCGCCAACUUUAAGGAAGUGGCUUUCGUCUUCCAGACAUACCACGAGCGCUACGACAUUUCCUUCUGGCUCUUCCUCCUGGUCUUCUUCCUCCAAGGAGUGAAUGUGGCACUGAUCCGACUGGCCGGGAUGCAGUUUCCGUUCCAGGGAACCAAAGACUUGGACCUGAGCGGGGGCGCGGCAGAUCUCAUGUACUGACUGACCGCACAAUGCCACAUUUUAUUGACGUGGACAUUUUUCUGAAAUUGCCACCAGUGUCCGGUGUUUCCCAUUCACUCAUUUACUUGUGGUGGCUCGCCACAACUACAUUCAGCUCUACCUGCUCGCCCUGGUUCAUAAACACAUCAUAAAGCACCUGGUCUGCCAGAGAAUAAGAGGAUGGAGCAGGAAGGAUUGGUGUUGCCAACUUAGCAGCUUUAUCGCUAUAUUUAGCGAGUAUUCAGACCCCUCUGGAUACUUAAGUUCAAAAAAAGAAAUUGGCAACAAAUCUAGUGAAGAGAAGGGCCCCUGCCCAACCUAAAAGCACUCACAGGCAGCUCUGUCUUGUUUGUGGCAUUUUACAAAACGUCAUUUGUAGUUCUAAACGUAUUUGUUUUGCUUUUCAUGUUUUUUUUACUCAAGACCAAUGAUAAAAAGUCGACAAUUACAUCAUUGUCAUUCUCUGCCCCCAAACCACCAUUGCCACAAAUAGAUUGCAGUCCUGUGGGCCGGGGUCCAUUUGAGGCCUGCAGCUGUUUUUUUUUAAUUGACCCCAGCACAUUCUAAAAAUAAUAUUAAAAGACAUUAACCAAAAAACUAAAUAAAAACCAGCAAAUAUGGAAGAAAGUUUUUUUUAAUUUUACGAGAAUAACAUGAAAUAUUAAAAGAAUAAGAGACAAAAGUCUUAAUCUUACGAAAACAAUGUCAGAAUUUUACAAGAAUACUGUAAAUUUGGGGAAAAAUUUGAGGGAAAAAAAUAUUUUAGAAGCAUAAAGUUGAAACAUUAAAGGAAAAAAAAGGACGUUCAAAAGUAUUAUCGUGAUUAAAAAAACAAACAAUAAAAUGUUAGGUUGGGAAAAAUGUUAUAAUAUUACCAUAAUAAAGUCAAAAUAUUUUAGGAUAAAAAGUCAUAUUACAAGAAAAAAGGUUCAAAAGAACAAAGUUGAAAUAUUUGUAAAAAAAAAAAAAAAAAAAAAGAGCAAGCAGUGUAUUGUAAGGAGAAAAAGCUAUAACAUCUAUAAAGCAAAGCUUUAGAUGGAAGCUACUUUUCCUUUUAGCAUAUUUAGCAUAUUCUUAGCAUAUUUACAUGAGUUGGUUUCCAAAAUGGAAACACAUCAAAGUGGCCCCCGCAUUCUUUGAUUUUUCAGUAUGCCGCCCUCAGUGGAAAAAGUUUGGGCACCCCUGAUUUAAAGUAUGAAUACUCGCAUCUUAAAGUGAUGCGUUCACGACCUCAAGACAAGUCACAUGAGCAGUCUGCAUCGAGGCCAGUCAUCACACAUCAAAGCGAGAAAGCUCGGAAACCAUGCAUAGAUGAUCGUCGCAUAUUCGUGAAUUUCUUCAUAAUUCAUUUUUCUUGGUAAAUUUAAUUGAAAGUGGGCUGAUGGUGCUAUC